CUUUACAGGCAAGAAAGAAAGGAAGGCCGCCGUGCUCGCAUUGGAAGUCUCCGGCCCAGACAGACAGUUGCUGGGCCCGCCUCCCGCGAGCCACGCCUGGAGGGCGGGAAAGGGACGCGGCGCCUUUAAGAGGCGCCUGCAAGCGCGGGAAAACGGCAGCGCGUCGGGGGGGGCGGAGUUCGGGGCCGCCCCGCGAAAGUCGGAUGGAACGUUGAGCGGCGAGCGUUCCGUCGGGGUCCCCGCCACGUGGAGGGGCGCCAUGGCGCAGCGCCAGCUCACCGACUUCUUUGCGCGGAGCAAGAAGGGCCCCGCGGCGGGCGGGAAGCGCCGGAAGGUCCAAACCCCGGGAGCGCCGGAGCCCCGCGACGCCAGCAGCCCCCGCGAGGAGGAGGAGAUCCUCCUGGCACCACCGCGCACCCCACUCGGUCCCGGCUGCCCGCAAGCGCCCCUGUCCGUCGGCAGCAGGAAAAGGCGCAGGCCGGAGCCCGUCUCCGGCCAGGAGAGUCGCCGCCCGGAGGCCAGGAAGAAACUGGUGAUGCCCGCGGGGGAAGGGGAGGAGGGCCUUGGCCUGCAUUCCCCUACAGCCAUCAAAUUGCUGAGCCCUUCCAGCAUGGAUAAGAAGGCCAAAGAAUUCGUGAAUGUGACUCUUUCGCCGGGUCUGAAGCCGGAGACGGCAGUGCAGCCUAGUAGGGCAGUUCCAGAGAAGAAGGAGAUGUCCACAGAGAAGCUUUCAGAGCUGAGAGGCCGCCUUGCAAAGAUCCAUGUGCUGGCGCAGAAAGUCAAGUUGCCAGCUGGCUCCUUGGAGGCCGAGGGCAACGUAAAGUGGAGGCUGAAACGGGCUCGCCUGCUGGAAUCCAAGAUCGGCGAGAGGAAGGCGGCUGAGGAGGAGAAAGGGAGAAACCUCUCUCGACUCCAGCUGGACAAAAAAUAUUCUGAGGCGACAUCGGAGAUCAGUGAGAAGACUCCAGCCUACCAGCGCUUCCAUGCCCUUGCUCAGGACGUUGCCCCUGGGCUCGAGUUGCCUUUGAAGUACAAGGUGCUGGCUGAGAUGUUCCGCAGCAUGGACACCAUCGUGGGGAUACUUUUCAACCGCUCGGAGACGGUGACCUUCACCAAGGUCAAGCGAGGUGUCCAGGACAUGAUGCGCAGGCAGUUUGAAGAGCGGAACGUGGGUCAGAUCAAAGCUGUGUACCCGUCCUCGUACGUUUUGCGCCAGGAGAAGAACAUUCCCACCUUUGGCAACCCCGGCCAGAAGCGAUGCAACUACCAGCUUACCAUCGAACCAGUGCUGGGGGCAGGUGAGAAGUUGUCAGCCUCGCACCUGAUGGAACGCCGGAAAGUAUUUGGCAGAAACCUGGUUAACAUUGUCAAAGGGCAUCACAAGGGUUUCCUGGCUUCUCUCAACCCCCCAGUGGUGGUACCGGAGGACAAGCUGAUGCGGUGGCACCCUCGGUUCAAUGUUGACGACGUGCCGGACAUCGUGCCUGCUGAGCUGCCCCAGCCCCCCCAGGUGGACAAAAUCACCACUGCUCAGGAGGUCCUGGCAAAAGCCCGCAGCGUGCUGACGCCAAAGAUGGAGAAGGCCUUGGCCAACCUGGCUUUGAGGACAGCCGAAACCAGCCCCUCUGUGCCGGAGUCCCCUCGGCCAGCCCCGCCUGUUCCAGCUAACACACCCGCCAGCUUGAAAGGCGUGUCGCAGUCCUUGUUGGAGAGGGUCAGAGCCAAGGAAGCGGAAAAGCUGCGGGUGCUGAUGACCCGCAACCCGCAACAGGAGCAGCGCCUGGACAUUCUGGGGCGUCUGCCGGAGAUGGCGCGGGUUCUGCGCAAUGUCUUUGUGGCGGAGAAGAAGCAGGCGCUCCCCAUGGAAGUGGCGUGCCAGCGGAUGAUGGCCAGCUACCGGUCCCUCAUGACGCUCGGAGAGACAGAAAAGCACCUUCGUCUCCUCUCUGAGCUGCUGCCGGACUGGGUGAGUGUCCUCCCAAUUCGGCAAGAAACGUACAUCAAGCUGGACAAAAGCACAGACCUCAACAUUGUUGCGGAGAGACUGGCCACAAGAGCAAAAGAAGAGGAGACACUCUGAGCUGCACAGUUGGACGGCUUGCUCCCAGGUGUGGCGCGAGCACUUGUGCGACUGCUGACACCAUCCUUUGGUCAAAGACUCUUUGGGACAAACUUUAGCUGGGGACAUUUGUGUAUAUUUUUCUCUCCAUAUAGCCAGUGCAGUACUGUGAAUAAAUGUGUAGCUUUUAAACAAUUAAUAGGAAACUGAAGCUGUCCUUUCUUAAAAAGUUUUUCAAAACUCCGUCCUGGUGCUUGUGUAGGCGUUUUUUUUGCUUCUGUAAGGCCAUAAGAGGGCAGCACACUCAAAUGCCAGGAAAUUGAAUUUGAGUUGGCAUAACAGCAAAGUACUACCAAGCUUUUACCCUACUGCAUUUGAAAUGUUCUUCCUUGGCACAGCUCCCCCCUCCCUUGGAUUGGAAAACAGGCAUGGAGAAUGACUGCUAGACCUCAGAAGCGCUACUCUUUUUGAUGCAAAAGUUUCCCUUCCCCAAUCGGGGAGGAACGGGUAGCCCUGCUCGUUCCAGGAAGUGACUUCCUGUUUCCUCUCGGUUCUUUAAAAGCUUGGUAAAUAGAAGGAAUAAAAAGUACCUUGUGACUUGUAUUAUAAACUUGAGCAUUAAACAUCUUACUAACUAGGA